CAGAGGCAUCGGAUGGGAUGAUCCACUCCCAGAAGACAUGAGGCCACGGUGGGAGGAGUGGAUAAAUGGUCUUCACAAGUUGAAAGAGAUUUCAAUUCCGAGAUGAUACCACCCAUAUGACUUCCAUAACAUUGUCAGAGUAGAAUUGCACCAUUUCUCGGAUGCCAGCUGCGUGGGAUACGGUGCAUGUUCUUACCUCAGAUACAAAAAUGACAAGGAUGAAGUCCAUUGCAGUCUCGUGUUGGCGAAAGCAAGGGUUGCACCCUCAAAUGUCACAAGUAUCCCGAGACUAGAACUCACGGCAGCUGUGGUUUCUACAAAAGUCAGUGUCAUGUUAAAAGCUGAACUUGACAUAAAGAUCGAUGAAGAGGUUUUCUGGACGGAUUCACAAGUUGUGCUUGGGUACAUUAACAAUGAUGCCCGUAGGUUCCACAUAUUUGUUGCGAACCGUGUUCAGCUGAUAAGGGAUAACAGUGAUCCCAGCCAGUGGCAUUAUGUGGACACCGCAGAAAACCCGGCAGAUCAUGCUUCCCGAGGUCUUCGUGCUUCAGACAUUCAUUCAACAAACUGGCUGCGAGGUCCGAAGUUUCUCUGGGAGCGUGAAUUACUUCUAACACCCAGCGCUCCAUCAGAAUUACUCGUUGGUGAUCCUGAAGUCAAGACAAUUCAGGUGCUUGCAACAGAAGUCAAAAACGACAAUGACAUCCUCAGGCGUCUGAGUCAGUUCUCCUCUUGGACGACAAUUCUUAAAGUGGUUGCAAGAAUUAAGAGGCUGGGGUCUAAAACGAAACAACACAGUGAGUAUGUGACUGUUAAGGAGCGUGAGAAGGCUGCAGACGAAGUGAUUAAGAUCUUACAGCAGCAAGCCUUCCCCCAGGAGAUAAAGAUGCUUCAGGGUAAAAAGACCUUCCAAAUUCAAGCUCUCUUUUCCGCUUCGAACCCAUCUGGUCUGAAGGACUCCUCCGUGUUGGUGGGAGAUUGA